GUCUUUGUUAUUUAUAAAUUAAUUUUCAACUUUUACUCACAGGAAAUAUUGAUUUUUGAAGUGUUUUUCGAUACUUUCAGAAAUUCGAAUGCUCUGCUUUGUUUUCUCGGGAAAAUUAUCAGAGCUUAAGAAAGAUGAGAGGAGGCGGCGCGAGUGGAAACAACGUUUCGGAGACUAUAAACGCAGCUGCUACUGCUUUUGCUUCUUUUGAUGAUCGUGUUCAUCAUCAACAAUCUCCGAUUCAUAAGAAGCGAAGAUGGUGGAAUCUCUUGAUAUGUUUCAGACCAUCAACACAACAAACAAAACGAAUAGGAAAAUCCGCUCUUGCUCCUGAACCGGUUAACACUCCUUCCAAUUCCAAUUCCAAUUCCAAUUCCGGUUAUCGUUCGGUUAUGACGGCACUUCCUUUCAUAGCUCCACCAUCAUCACCAGCUUCCUUCUUCCAAUCAGAACCUCCUUCCGCUACACAAUCCCCCGUAGGGAUCCUCUCAUUUAGUCCCUUACCUUCCAACAACGACCGUCCUUCCAUAUUCGCCAUUGGACCUUACGCUCACGAGCCUCAACUGGUCUCCCCUCCGGUUUUCUCUACUUACACAACCGAACCAUCUUCAGCUCCGGUCACGCCGCCUCUCGACGAGUCUAUCUACUUAACCACCACCACACCUUCUUCCCCUGAAGUCCCUUUCGCUCAGCUCUUUAACUCCAACGGUAACUAUGGUCUCAGGUCUCCAGUGUCUAACUAUGAGUUCCAGUUUUACCAACUUCCUCCUGGUAGUCCACUUGCGCAGCUUAUCUCGCCGAGUUCGGUUAUGUCCGGUUCCGGUACAGCUUCUCCUUUUCCUGAUGGAGGAGGAGUCGCUCACUUUCAAGUCUCGGACCCACCAAAGCUGUUGAGCCCUGGUAGACUGCAUUGCUCUGUUAGAACUCCUAAAGAGGAGCAGAAGAAGGUUGUGAGACCGCAUAAACCGGUUUCGUUCGAUCUCGAUGCGGAUCAUGUCAUUAGAUGCGUUGAUCAGAAGCUGAGAACAACGUUCCCUGAAGCAUCUACGUCGUCUAGUGAAGAAGCAGCGCAACAGUCCUCUCUCGGGUUGAAUAAGGAGUUCGAUUUUGGUACGGAUGAGGGACAUUUGAUCGUUGAUGAUGAACAUAGCGCUUCGGCAAAGAACAGCAGUGAUUGGUCCUUCCCUGUGAUGCAAUCAGGUACACUUAGCUGAGUUAUACAUAAAGAUCUAGUUAUAUAGAAUCUUAAUUUUCGAAAUCGAUUUGGACACGAGCCAGCACACAGAGAUCUUGUUCAAGAUUCAAGAGCGAAAGCGAGCUAGUGAUCUUAUUACCCUUGUUUUUAACAGAAGUAUGAUGUUCUUAUAUAGAAUCUUUUAGAUGAUUAUGUUCAGGAUGUUAGGGAUAGUUUCUUGUCUCUCUUUUCGGUUUUGUAAUAAAUAUUUGACGUUGUCAGUUGUUGUAUAUGGCUGUCUUUAUGUAGUUUGUUUUUGAAUUUGUGCAUAUAUAUAUAUUUGACCGCAUUUGUAAUGAAGUUCCAAUAAAUCUCAG